AUGUCGCUGCGGGAGCGGAGCGCGGCGGGCGCCGGGCGGGCUGCGGGGGACGCGGCUGCGGGGGGCGCGGCGGCCGCGGCGCUGGCCGAGCCCGAAGGUCCGGAGCGGUGCCUGUCGCUGCUGCCUUGGGACCGUUUCUCGGCCUGGCUGCACUGCGUGUGCGUGGUGGGCUUCGACCUGGAGCUGGGUCAGGCCGUGGAGGUAAUAUAUCCUCCACAUUCAAAACUCACAGAUAAAGAGAAAACCAAUAUUUGCUAUUUGUCUUUUCCAGAUUCUAAUUCAGGUUGUCUUGGGGACACACAGUUUUGUUUUAGAUUUAGAAGGUCUACUGGAAGGAAAGUCUCAUUGUGUUGUUUUCUGGACCAAUUGGAUAGAGAUCUACCAGUUUACUUAAAGAAAGAUCCAGCAUAUUACUAUGGCUAUGUGUAUUUCAGACAAGUUCGAGAUAAAUCAUUGAAAAGAGGCUACUUCCAGAAGUCACUGGUCCUCAUCAGCAAACUGCCUUAUGUCCAUCUCUUUCGUACCAUGCUUAAGCAAAUAGCACCAGAAUAUUUUGAAAAAAGUGAAGCUUUCCUGGAAGCAGUUUGUAGUGAUGUAGAUCGUUGGCCACCACCAAGUCCAGGCAAAAUACUGCAUUUGCCCAUUAUGGGCAUUAUAAUGAAGUUGCGGAUUCCGACCUAUCGUGACAAGCCUGGAACAACGCCAGUAGUACAGAAUAUGCAUCAGGCAGAUGCUCAGAUCUCUAUGGCUUUACCAACUGUUCAUGAAGUGGAUCUUUUCAGGUGCUUCUGUCCAGUAUUCUUUCACAUUCAGAUGCUUUGGGAACUGGUACUGCUCGGAGAACCACUGGUUGUGAUGGCACCUUCACCAUCAGAAUCUUCAGAAACAGUGCUGGCACUCGUUAGCUGUAUUUCACCCUUGAAGUACUGCAGUGAUUUCAGGCCAUACUUUACCAUACAUGACAGUGAAUUCAAAGAAUACACAACUCGCACGCAGGCCCCGCCAUCUGUCAUUCUAGGGGUGACAAAUCCUUUUUUUGCUAAAACACUUCAGCACUGGCCUCACAUUAUCAGAAUUGGAGAUAUUAAACUUCCAGGUGAAGUUCCAAAGCAGGUGAAAGUGAAAAAACUGAAGAACCUAAAAACUCUGGACUCCAAACCUGGUGUUUAUACCUCUUACAAGCCAUACUUGAACAAGGAUGAAGAAAUUGUUAAACAGUUACACAAGGGUGUACAACAGAAACGUCCCACAGAAGCACAGAGUGUGAUUCUUCGGCGGUAUUUUCUGGAAUUGACAGAAAGUUUCAUUAUUCCAUUAGAACGCUAUGUGGCAAGCCUAAUGCCUUUGCAAAAAUGCAUAUCACCAUGGAAGAGUCCACCACAGCUGAGGCAGUUUAGCCAAGAUGACUUCCUGAAGACACUGGAAAAAGCAGGACCACAGCUCACAUCGGGUUUAAAAGGCGACUGGAUAGGACUUUACAGGCAUUUUUUGAAGUCACCCAACUUUGAUGGCUGGUUUAGGAGCCGGCAGAAAGAAAUGACACAGAAGUUGGAGGCUCUUCAUUUAGAAGCACUAUGUAAUGAGAACUUGGUUUUCUGGAGUCAGAAGCAUACUGAAGUAGAAACAGUGGAUCUUGUCUUAAAGUUAAAGAAUAAACUGUUGCAGGCUGACAGAGAACAGCUUCCUGUGAAAACUGACACACUGAAAAAGCUGCAGACACACAUCAAUGACAUUAUACUAGCACUUCCAGAUGACUUACAGGACAUCUUGCUUAAAACUGGCACAACCUGAUUUCUCAUGGACUCUUUUUGUGCAGAGAACAAACGGCAAAAGUUGUUUCACAGAAGACAGUGGGUUACCAGCUUGAGAACACAGCUCUAGAUACAUUAACACUACAAAUGGACUCUACUAAUAGUAGAGCCCAUGACGCUAUUUUUCACUGGUUUUUUUCCCCCCACUUGAAUACCAAUGCAACUAAAGGAAUUCCUGUGUCUAGUAAUUUUUGAAACAAGUGCUCUUAAAGAAAAGUCUGUGGGUAUAUGAAACUAUACCACAGUAUAGGACCACAGUGCAGUGCUGGCAUUGCAUAAGGUUUCCUGAUUGGUGCUGCUAUACCCAAUCCUGUUAACUCAGGGGUCAGCAAUAUUCAUCUUGUACUGUCCUGUUCAUCUAGUAUCUGAUUGCUUUUUUUUCUUUCCAUUUUCAUCUAGUGAUAGGCCCAACUGGUGUAUUCUUUUACAUAGUCAGAAUACACAAUAGUUGAGGGGCUUUACUAGUACAUCAUUGGUUCCAAAACUUUUUGGGGACAGCUGAAAUAAUCGCAUCAGUUCUUAACCUUCUUCCUUUUGUCUUCUUACCAUCUUUCCAAAACCAUAUUAAUUUAGCAUCUUUAAAGAAGAGAAGGCAGCUGGCAAAAAUUUCCUGAAGAGAAGCCUCCUCUAUUCAAUGUCAGUUGAUGAGGGUGCUCUUACAUGCCUUAAAGUAAUUGGUGGUUUUUAACUGCUGACAUUCAGGAUUUAAAGUGGAUCACUAGUGUAAAUGUGAGUAUGUAGUAUUCAUCACAGAAAAUAAACACAAUGGUGUUCUAAUAGUAAUAUUAAAAUCAGUGAUUUCAGUAGACUUAGCAGAUAGACAAUCUGUUUCAGUUGGAGAUCAUAGCAGUCAGUUCUGUUAAUAGGGUUUUUAUUAUUUAUACUUAUACCAGUAGGGUGUUUCAGGAGGUAAUGAAGCUAAAGGGAGAAGAGGUGGGCUUCAGCUGAAAAAAACAACUGUGGAAAGGUUAAACUGUGGCAAGAAAAUAUUGUAGCAUGAAAUUAUUCUCAGCAUAUGCAUAUAGCAGACAUGCAUAAAGAGUAAUUUCCUCUUGCAUAUUAAGCAACAAGAAUGUGAUUUUCAUCUUCUGGAACAAGCUUCAGUGGUAUCUAAGAACUCAGCUGCUCCACAUGCAGUGUUGUGUUUUGACCAGUUUCAAGUAGAAUAAACUUGAAACACACAACAUACAUUUUAUAUGACAAGUGGUUCACAGUUAUAAAAAAAAAUAUGCUUUUAAGUGCUUGGAUAGAAUUUUUUAAAACUUAAGACAUAAUCCUCCUAUAAUAAUAUGCUUUUGUAUAUAAAUAUUUCAUAUCAUCUUUCUAAAAAUGUCUUAUUUAGAUACAGUGUCACAACGGUAUUUUUAUGAAAAAUGUGUAUUUUAAUACUGCUAUGGUUUGUAUACAACUGCUCAUGACCAAAAGUUUAAUGUAUCUAUUACGUUACUUUAAACUGCACCACUUCAGCAUUAAUUUCUAACUUGCAAAUUUUUUUGCACAUCCUGAUGAAUAGCAUUUUUUUAAUCCAGAAAUUAAUUCAGUGUAAGAAUGGCCUCUUACUAUCUUAAAUGUUUAAUCUGGAGCACUGUGUAGUUUCUUGAAGCCGUAUAAACUGGCAGAAGGAAAAAAAAAACAACAAACCUAUGAUAGCUGUCACGUGACUGCAAAUAUGUAUUUUUGUAAAAGAAAAUAAAGGUUUUGAUUUUUA